AUGCUGACCCCUGUCAUUGCCUGUGGCCCUCCUUGCAGUCACUUUGCCAUCCCAGGUACGGCCAGUUCUCCGCAUCCCCCCUCCGUUAUCCUUGCCCGCCCCUCCUCCCCUCUCCACAUGCCCCCUCCCCUGUCCUUGCCCUCCUCCCCUCCCUCAGCACCCCCCCUUCCGCUCUUAAUGUCCCUCCCCUCUCCACUCCUCCCUCAUGAGGGCAGGGUUCUGGCAGAAAAUGACAUAAUGAAAGCACUCCUCAUGAGUCCACGUCCUUCCUCCCCGCACCUCAGCACCCCCCGCUCUCCCCAUCACCCUUCCCCGUACCCCACACCACACUCAGCAACUCCACACUCUCCCAUCUCAAUGGACCGGGGUGCGAUGCAGCGGCAGGUGCUGACAGGAAUGAAGAAGGCUCCCCCUCCGCCCUUCCCAUCCCCCGUGCGCAGCGUGCUGGCAGGGUUGAAGGAGGUGGGGCAGGCGCGUGCUGGCAGGGUUGAAGGAGGUGGGUCGGGCAGUGAGCAACGGGAGGGCCAAGUGUGUGGGUCGAGGCAGGAGAGCGUUUCAGUGGAAAAGGGGAAGCACGUGGGAGAGGAGGGCAUGGGCAAUCACUAUUUAAACCACCAUAUCCAACCCUUCCGUCCCCACCCCUUCCAUCCCCACCCCUUCCAUCCCCACCCCUUCUAUCCCCACCCCUUCCAUCCCCACCCCUUCCAUCCUCACCCCCUCCCUGUUCCCCAAGUGGUUGCAGAAAGGGAAGGAGCCUCUGUGCGGCAGGGAGGUGGGUGA